GACCGAAAUGCCGUGCUCGGCGCUCGGUUCGCGGCCAUUAAGCAUCUCCACACCCUCCUGAGAUCUCCGGAAGCCGCCGUCAGUAAUGAGGCCAUCAUUGUUGCAGUAAAGCUUGCUUUCAAUGACCUCUGCUUUGGCCAGGCGAGCGAGUUGCUGUUGCACAUCGAUGGCGCCCGUGAAAUGGUACGAGCGAGGGGAGGCCUCACUGCGCUCGCAGCGACGCCACAUUUAGCAAAAAUGGUCCUCGUUGAACCUCCUCUUCACACGUCCCGCUCCCUACCGACAAUUCAUCCCGCCCCAAAACAAUCACACCGGCCGUCGUGUCUUACCACGAACCCCACGACCUCGGCGCUCCUAAAGGACACCGCUUUCCUUCUCGACACCGUCCUCGCCCUCCCAUCGAAUCCGUCACCGUGGGAGCUGCAAAAAGUUCAGAGUAUGUCCAGUUGGGUAGAGGGCCGCCUGUCCUCAUCCAGUUUGGCCCCAUCCCACGGAGGCAGUCACCACAAUACGCAUUAUCAUUUCCAUCAAGCGAUUAGGAUGUCGUCUCUAUUUUACUGCCGUGCGAUCCACGCUCGUCGGCCCUUAUCGGAGGUCGUCACCGAGCAAGACAUCGCCGAGUUAGUCCGCUCCAUCAACCAUGUACCGUUAGACCUGUGGGAAAAGGAUGUUGAGGGAAUUGGAGGGGAGAAAACCCCGAUGCCCACACAAGAAAGUCAUGUGGCAAGAACCAUGGUAGUGGCCGGGGUCGUGGAGCUGGCGUUGAGAGAUUGGGAGGCUGUAGUGAGGGUGUCGGGCAGAAUUGUGCGACUGCAGACCUGGCUUUCUUUCGGGGCGAAGAGUUGA